AUGACUGAUAUCAACGAACUGUGUUGCACCCGCCCACAAAAUGCGAAUAAACACCCAGGCUUACCCGACCUGGAAGGACAAAGUCAGCGACAUUCUCAAGCCAAGAAGAAGAACACCAAACUCCCCCAGGAAACCCGUGAAGCUCAAGAACUGGCCGCGGUUGAGGGUUUGCAGCGGCUGUCUGCCAUGCAGGAAGAGAUGAAGAAGGCGGAGGUGCAAAGCAUGACGAAGAAGCCGAAGGCAGUAAGGCCCUGCGCUCGCCCUGUCAAGAAAAAGUCAGAGCCUGCUGCUCAAGCAAAUAAGGCACUCCUGGGAGUAGGAACUGAUACCAUGGCCAGUGAGCGCAUGUCGCAAAUGCUGCGUGAUGCUGACCCAGGCGAGGAUGUUGAGGCUCGGUCUCGAGAAAAUCAGAAGGACGAUGGAAUCAAGACAAAGAAGAAGACUGAGAAGGACACGGCUCUUGCAGCUCAGUCAGGGGCACGUGUUGAAGACAAGAAAGGAAAGUUGAUGUGCGUCCAGACUUCUUUUCCAACCAUGAUGUUGAUGCUUACCAAAUCAACGCUUCUUUUCCUUAAUUUGACCUCAAAUUUCAGGACCAAGUCCAAGUUUUCGUUAGGGAGGUGCAUCCAGGGUUGGGUUAAAGAUGUUUCACCAGACCGGUCUGACAUCGUAUCAAGCGCUCCCAAGCCGCCUCAUACGACAGUCACGGGACUGUCUUUAGUGCACGGGCCACCAACUGCCGUCUUCUUAUCUGGCUCCCACCCUAUGUCCGCAACAAUUGUGACCACCAGCUCCGGCCAGCAUAAAAUCCCACCUCAGGUUGUCGCUAAUUCUUCUCAAGCUCUCAUUGGUGGCUUUGGCGAUGAGCUUUUUGAUUCAGAGGAUCGCUUGGACAUCCUUCCAAAGCCAUCCGCGCUUAAGUGGACACUACAUAUUAUAGAUGUGCCUACUGAGCUGACCGCGGACGGGUCACUUCCAACGGAGGGCUUGAAGGAUGACACGAAGGAUUCGGAUGAUGCGUCAACCGAUGCAGACAAUGAUGCACCAACCGAUGCGGACAACGAUGCAACAAUGGAUGUCGAGGAGGAUAUGGCCGAUAAGUCUCAGGAUAGCGGUGACAGCCUGAGCAGUUUCAUAUUCCAUCGCUCAAAGAACAAGACACACAACGCUGUGGACACCAAACACCGUGUCCCAGUCUUCAAGGAUUCCUCAGACGAGGAUGACGAUAUUGAGGUUCUCAACAUGGAUCAUAGUAUGACGAAGCCUACAGGCUUCGUCGAAACAACCAAGACAGCGAAGAAGGCUACUUCUGUUGGCAUCUCCAAGUCAUCCACUACAAUGCAGCCACCUGCAAAGAAGGUCAAAACCGAAGACGGGGCCGAUGAUAUUAUACCAAAAUCAACACUUACAGCGCCGCCUGGCUACUGGAUCGAGAAGCGGUACAAGUCCCAUUCAGCUUAUCGAAACUGUGAUCUUCCCCCUCAAUGCCAGGAUCAAUGA